AUGUUAUAAUAGAAAGGCACGACUUCCUUUUAAAUGGAAUGUUAACGAAAACAUUUCAUAAAGGAUAAACUAUAUCAUCUUCUUUUAGAUUAGAAUUGCAUAAAAAUGUCUGAGGUAAGAUAACAUCCACCUAAAAGAGACAGUCAAUUUUCAAGACUCUAAGUAUCACCUAGAACUAAAUUUUGAAAAUUUGAUAUAUUGGAGGACAGAAUAGAGUUAACUUGUUGCAUUUGGUAUAAAGUAUAAUAAAGCACUCAAAUGGUUUCAUGCUAACAGUUCUGAUUUAUAACAUUUGUAUAAACAUUUAUGUGGGAGACUGUUCUUUGGGAACAUUUCAUCUAUUUAUGAGAGCAAAGAAAUAUUAGGUUCUGGAGCAUCAUCAAAAGUGUAUAGAGUUGUUAAUAAAUUAACACAUAAAGAAUUUGCUUCUAAAUGUAUUCGUAAAGACUACAUCUAUAGAAGAGAAGAUAAAGAGAGAUAUGUAAAUAUUUAUAUAAUUUAGAAUCGUAUGAUUUAAGAGAUUGAAUUAAUGAGAAAAUUAGACCAUGAAACUAUUGUUAAAAUGAUAGAUAUAUUCGAAGGAGAAAAAUCAUUCUAUAUCAUUCUUGAACUAUUAUAGGGUGAAUCUCUGCAUUCGUAUUCGAAAAAACAUUCAUUAACAAUUACAUAGAUUCGAUAGAUAAUAAGUGUAUCAAUAUAUUUAUAUAAUAGAAAUGCUUAUAAGCAUUAUGUUAUUUAGACCUACAUAAUAUAAUCCAUAGGGAUUUAAAAUUAGAAAAUUUAGUUUUGAAUGAAUUAGGAAAAGUGGAAUCUGUUAAGAUUAUAGAUUUUGGUCUUGCAAUUUAGACAUCAUGUCCCUAUAGAUAAUUAUGUGGAACUCCUGGAUAUAUAGCACCAGAGAUGUUUAUAGAAAAAUACCCAUACACAACUAAAGUAGAUAUUUUUAGUUUAGGAGCAAUAUUCUAUAAAUUAUUGUGUAAGAAAUCUUUAUUUAGUGGAAAUACAAGUGAUGAAUUAUUGGAAAACAAUAAAAAGUUUUUAUGCAAUAAUCAUUUAAAAAAUUGUUCAGAUGAAACUAUUGAUUUAAUAAAAUAAAUGCUUUAAAAAGAUCCUAAUAAAAGAAUAUCAGCUUCUUAGGCUUUGUAGCAUCCUUUCUUUGGUGAAAGAUUUACUGGUAUUAAUUUAUUGAAGUUUAGGAGAAUAAGACAUUGCUGAAGAAAGUCCUCAUGAAAUUGUUAGAAUGUUUCCAUUUACAAAACCUAUGCAAAUAAUAAAUUCAAAUGAUAACAUUCCUGAUAUUAAGAUUUAAGCUAUUCGAGGAAGUUAAUAAAGCUUUGAGUAAAGUUUAGGAUCUAAUUAUUUUCCGUCAUUUGAUGAUGACAAUCAUAAACUAAGAAAUGAUAUCGAUCAUAUUAUUGAAUGA